UGAUCGCGUCUCUCAGAGCAGCGGUGUGGUUUCUGAGGAGCGCUCAAAUGCUUCACUCAAACGCGUUUCAAACAGGAUGUAGCAACUGAGACAAGACAGAUCACGGAAAGACAAGGUUAAACUCUGCGAUAUGACAAACAUCAGGGAGCCAGAAAUGAGCGCCACGGCGGAGGAGAAGCAGGCAGGAGGAGUCCCGACGAGGCAGCUCACCGCCAGCAGGUCUUGACGGCUGCUCCCGCUGACCUGAGACGCCCAGCUCCCUCCGGUGCACACACACAGAACACACAACAUAUCCGAAAUACUGCACAUCCCAUCGGUGAACCUUGAAACCGAUAAUGGCGAGCCAGAAUGACUGUAGUGUGACGGUUGCUUUGAGGAUUCGUCCUCAGAUGGCAAAGGAGAAGAUCGAGGGCUGCCAUGUUUGCACGCUGGUCACGCCUGGAGAACCCCAAGUCCUCCUGGGUAAAGAUAAGGCCUUCACCUACGACUUUGUGCUCGACAUCGACUCAGAGCAACAGGAGAUCUACCAGGCCUGUGUUUACAAGCUCAUCGAGGGCUGCUUCGAGGGCUACAACGCCACUGUGUUCGCUUACGGGCAGACGGGUUCGGGGAAGACAUACACCAUGGGGACGGGCUUCGAUGUGAGCCUGGGCCAGAAGGAGCAGGGCAUCAUCACGCGGGCCGUUCACCAUCUGUUUGAGGGAAUCAGGAUCCGGAGGCAGCGCGCACAGGAGGCCGGCAGCCAGCCGCCGGAGUUUAAAGUCAGCGCCCAGUUCCUAGAGUUGUACAAUGAAGAGGUGCUGGACCUGUUUGACGGAGGCAGAGAUCCCGAAAGUCGGAACAGGAAGUCCGCCAUUAAGAUCCAUGAAGACGCCAGCGGCAGCAUCUACACCUCCGGAGUCACGUCCAGACUGGUGCACACAGAGGAGGAGCUGCUGCAGUGCCUGAAGCUCGGCGCUCUGUCCCGCACCACGGCCAGCACCCAGAUGAACGCCACAAGCUCUCGAUCGCACGCCAUCUUCACCAUCUACCUCUGUCAGAUGAGAGAGUGUCCGCCGGGUCUAACGCAGAACGGAGGAUCAGAGAACGGGGAGGUGAACGACGUGGACUCCGGCCCCAUCACUCAGCCCGAGUUUGAGACGCUGAUGGCCAAAUUCCACUUUGUGGACCUAGCCGGCUCUGAGAGGCUGAAACGCACAGGAGCAACGGGAGAGAGAGCCCGCGAGGGAAUCUCUAUUAACUGUGGACUGCUGGCCCUUGGAAAUGUGAUCAGUGCUUUAGGAGACCAGACUAAGAAGGGGGGACACGUCCCUUACCGAGACUCCAAACUCACUCGUCUGCUGCAGGACUCACUCGGCGGCAACAGUCGCACAUUGAUGAUUGCCUGCGUCAGUCCGUCAGACCGGGACUUCAUGGAGACACUGAACACACUGAAAUACGCCAACCGUGCUCGAAACAUCAAGAACAAGGUGGUGGUGAACCAGGACAAGACCAGCCAGCAGAUCAGUGCCCUGCGAGCAGAGAUCGCCCGGCUGCAGAUGGAGCUGAUGGAGUUCAAGGCGGGGAAGCGUGUGGCGGGGGAGGACGGUUCAGAGGGCUACAGCGACCUGUGUCAGGAGAACGCCAUGCUGCAGAGAGAGAGCGACACACUGCGCCUCAGGGUGAAGGCCAUGCAGGAGACCAUCGACCAUCUCAACACCCGCGUCACACAUCUGCUGACCAAUGAGGUCAGCUCUCUGCUGACCAAGUCAGGUGAGGGCACUGAGGAGAUCGGGGCUCUGAUCCACAAAUACAUCCGAGAGGUUGAAGAACUUAGAACCAAGCUCCUUGAGAGCGAGGCCAUGAACGAGUCGUUGCGACGGCACACGGCCCGACUCUCCACUCGCUCCCCGUUCACUUCCUCCACUCACAGCCCGGCCCCCGGCCACCCACCUGGAUCCUCCCCUGCUCCUUUGUCCAUGGAGGCUGAGCUGACAGACGUGUUACGACGGGCCAAAAUGGACAUCGAGAAGUUGAAGAAGAAAGAGAGGAGGCAGAGGAGAACGAGUCCCGAGUUGGAGAAAGGUAUGAAGAAACGAGUCAAACUGCACACCCACGAGAAUGGAGAGAAUGGGCAGAGUGGGCAUAACGGACAAAACGGACAAAAUGGAGAGAUCGAUUCUGACGACAAUUACGUCGAGGAUGUCAUGUCUCCACUGCAGGAGGAGAGUGGGUGUGAAGAAGAUGAGGGGGAGGAUGAAGAGGAAGGCAGGGAGGAGGAGAACGGGUUUGACAGUGACGAGAGCCAGGUGGAUUCAGACUCCGACUCUGAAGAGAAAGCCAACUUCCAGGCGGACCUGGCUGAUCUGACCUGCGAGAUCGAGAUCAAACAGAAGCUGAUAGACGAGCUGGAGAACAGCCAGCGGAGGCUGCUGAUGCUGAAGCUGCAGUACGAGGAGAAGCUCAUCCUCCUCCAGAACAAGAUCAAAGACACUCAGCAGGAGAGGGACCGCGUACUGCAGAAUCUCAUGUCCAUGGAGAACUACACGGAGGAGAAGGCCAGCCGGGUCAAGCAGGAAUACGAGAAACGUCUUAAGGAGAUGAACCGAGACCUGCUGAAGCUGCAGGUGGCACAGAAAGAGCAUGCUCGUCUCCUGAAAAACCAGAGCAGGUACGAACGGGAGCUGAAGAAACUCCAGACAGAGGUCAACGACAUGAAGAAAGCCAAGGUGACGCUGAUGAAGCAGAUGAAGGAGGAGCAGCAGAGGAGGAGGAUGGUGGAGGCGAAGAGGAACCGUGAGAUCGCCCAACUGAAGAAGGAGCAGCGCAGACAAGAGUACCAGAUCCGAGCGCUGGAGUCUCAGAAGCGGCAGCAGGAGCAGGUUCUGCGCAGGAAGACUCAGGAGGUGACGGCUCUGAGGCGCCUGGCCAAACCCAUGUCAGACCGCGUGGCCGGGCGCGUGGCCCGCUGGAACCAGUCUCCCCAAAUUUCGGACUCUGGAGCUGAAUUAUCGGCCAGCACCACAGCAAGCAGCUCUGAGCCUGACACCGGGAGGUCUGUGAGCGGGAUGGUGAAACAAUGGAACAACAAAAACAGCGUGAUUGGAUAUCUGGCCGAGAGUGAGGGGAGCAUGGACGGAACCAGAGUCAUUGGCAGCAGGAAGAAGUUGCAGCGUAAGCCAGCAGGCCCUGGCAGCGCUGCAGCGGCGGGCAGAGUGAGCAGUUUCUCCAAGUCUGCCCGGCUGAAGUGGCAAACACUGGAGCGUCGCAUUAUGGACAUCGUCAUGCAGAGAAUGACAAUCUCUAACGUGGAAGCUGACAUGGAUCGCCUUAUCAAGAAGCGGGAGGAGCUGACGGUCCAGCAGGAAUCACUCUCCCAUAAGAGGGAGGUACUGAUGGCAGACGGCGAGGGUCCAGAGGCAGAGGACCGCCUCCUCCUGGAAAUUAACGAAGAUAUCGAGGUGCUGAACGCCAACAUAGACUACAUCAAUGACAGCCUGUCUGACUGCCAGGCCACCAUCGUACAGAUAGAAGAGACCAAGGAUGAGCUGGACUCAGUGGACACCUCAGUGGUGAUCAGCUCUUGCUCUCUGGCUGAAGCGCGCAACCUCCUGGACCACUUCCUGAAGGCUUCCAUAGAUAAAAGUUUACACGUGGCUCAGAAGGAGGCUCAGAUCCGGCUGCUGGAGGGUCAGCUGAGACAGUCAGAUGUGAUCGGCUCGUCUCACAAUCACAUAAUCCUUGAUGCCCUGAGAGAAAAGGCAGAAUACAUCCCUGAACUCCAGGCUCUUAUUGCCAAUGUACAGCUGGAAAAUGGUUAUGCGAGCACAGACGAGGAGCCGUCUGAGUUCAGCCAAGCCUCUGACAUCAGUGUAUAUCGCAUGAAAGAAUCCAACAGCCAAGAUGAUAUCAAAAUAAAGAUGGAGCCUCGUCUGUCAGUUCAGAUGAAGGCGGUGUCAGCGGAGUAUUUGGGGCCCAUCCUGGACCCCUCCUCGAGCAGCAAGCACCAGUUCAUCACCAAGUCCCUGGCCUCGCUGACGGACAUCCAGGAGGACGGCCUGUGCCUCGGGUCAGCGAGUCUGGGUCUCAGCCUCGCCCUACGAGACCCCUACCACAGGGAGCGGGCCACCCGCACAAACAGCCUACCUGUCAGGGGACACACCUUUCCCAGGCAGUCUCGUGGUUAUGACACUUCCCCUCUAACAAGGAGGAAAUCUUACGACCGCUCGUACAGGCCCACUGACGGCUACACUCCCCCCUCCUCCCCUCCUCUGAGGUCCAGGAACGAGCGCAACGUCUUCUCCCGGCUCACCAGCAACCAAACCCAAGGUUCUGCUUUGGACAAGGGUGUGAUCAAUCCCAUUGGGGGUGUGAAGGGGGGUCGGACGGCGCCCCUGCAGUGUGUCUCUGUAGCCGAGGGCCAUUCAAAGCCCGUCCUGUGUGUGGAUGCUACUGAUGAGCUGCUAUUCACUGGAUCUAAAGAUCGCACCUGUAAGAUGUGGAACCUGGUAACGGGUCAAGAGAUCGUCACCCUCAAAGGCCACCCAAACAACGUAGUGUCCAUCAAAUAUAGUCCUUCCUCCUGUUUAGUCUUCUCCGUCUCCACCUCCUACAUCAAGGUGUGGGACAUCCGAGACUCUGCCAAGUGUGUCCGCACGCUCACUUCGUCUGGGCAGGUGGUCUCAGGGGAUGCCUGUGCGGGCACCACCACCCGCACGAUCACCUUUGCACAGGGCGAGUGUCAGAUUAACCAGAUUGCCCUGAACCCGUCAGGAUCCGUGCUCUACGCUGCUGCUGGGAACACUGUUCGCAUGUGGGACCUCAACAGGAUGCAAGGGAUGGGGAAGCUGAUGGGCCACAUCGGCUCUGUCAUCUGUCUGACAGUGGGACAGUCUCUAAUGGGCAAAGAUCAAGUAAUCACUGGCUCCAAGGACCAUUAUGUCAAGGUGUUUGACGUGACAGAGGGAACUAUGGGUAAUAUAGGUCCAGCUCACAACUUUGAGCCUCCCCAUUAUGACGGCAUCGAGUGUUUGGCUGUUCAGGGAGAUGUGCUGUUCAGUGGGUCCAGAGACAACGGCAUCAAGAAAUGGGAUCUGGGAGAACAGGAACUCACUCAGCAAGUCCCCAACGCCCAUAAGGACUGGGUCUGCGCUCUGGCUUAUGUCCCGGGUCGGCCCAUGCUGCUGAGCGCCUGUCGGGGGGGCAUGAUGAAGGUGUGGAACGUAGACAACUUUACCCCCAUAGGAGAGAUCAAAGGUCACGACAGCCCCAUCAAUGCCAUCUGUACCAACUCCAGACAGAUCUUCACUGCGUCCAGUGACUGCAGGGUGAAGCUGUGGAACUAUGUGCCAGGUUUGACCCCAUGUCUUCCUCGCCGGGUCCUGGCCAUCAAGGGCCGAGCCACCAGCCUCCCAUGACUGCUUCACCAACCCUCCCUUCCUCUGUGACACGACAGUGAAGAUCUGGUCGUCAAAGGUGUGGAGGAAGAGGUGACAGUCCUGAGUGGUUCCUUUGUCGGCCAUCUUGCUGCAACUUCAGCCCCUGAUCUGUGACCUGCUCAUUGAGCUGUGAAGCUGAAAACGCCAUUUCCAAGGCAAUCAAGGUUUUUUGUUCCUUGUCAAGGUGCAAAUUGAACCGAGACAGAAGAUUCUUUCAAAGGCAUAAAAGUAUUUGCCUUUCAGAUUGUGAAAGUGCCAUUCAGGUGUGAUGCUACUUGGGCAAUAAAAACUGCAUCACUCGGAAAGAAGAAUUUCUCUCUUGUGACAAAAAAACAACCACAGCCUGUUGUUAAAAAGAAAGAGCCCUUCUGUCCUCUCACCAAGGUCUCAGAGUCCUUGUGGAACAGUGACACAUGCAUUUGCUCAGAGAUGUAUUUUUUGUGUCCGAAGGUUAUAGAUUAAAAUCGCCAAAUAACGAUUUUGGACACCCUUUCCUGCUUUCCUCCAUUCAGGACUGUGAGUGUUGUAACUGUUCUGAACACACUGGAGAGUCAUGUUUCUGAUCUUGAAUAACUGGAAAAUGACAUUAAACCACCACUGGAUGUUAUGUUUUCAAAACCGGAAACACCCUCAAGGCGCUCUCUGUCACUGAAACUUUGUUGUGUUUUACAAGUCUUGUACAAUUUUUUUUUUAAUGACUUUUACUAAUUUAUUAUUUUCCCUCCUUCAGUUGUUAAGGUAGAAUGGAACAUUUUUACGGGUCUCUGUACAAACACCUGGUGCUUGACAUUUUGAAGUUUUUAUUUCAUGCUUGGCUCUUCAUCGUUUGGAUGUGUCCUCUGUGGCCUCCCUGGCUAUAAGACUGUCUAACUGCUGACCCUGCAAACAGGAAAGCACACCUCCAGUAGCACAACUAAGGUAACACUGGCCCUGGAGGAUCCCACCAGAUUGUAAUAUCUGCUCUACCAAGUGCUAACUUUGGCAAAAAUCAAAAUCCUCCCUGCAGAUGCACAUGACACAGACAACACAAACCUACAGCACACACUCCGAAGACAUGAGGCCAAAGUGCCAGAUCAUUAUCUCGACCAUGGUACAGUAUGUGUCCCUUACCUGCCAUUUAUCCUCCACACAAUUGGUAAUAUAGCAGCCCUAUCAGUUCCCCCCCGCCUGCUUUCUGCUCCGCUCUGAUCUUCAAGGUUAGUGACCGUAUCAGACUGACCAGCCUUUACUGAGAAGUGCACCUCUUUCCCAGCUACUGAACCUCUCUGGGAAGCCAAUUUAAUUAGAGGUCUGGCAACUCUACCGACUGCUUUUCAGGCAAGAUUACUUGGGGGAAAGUAGGUCAUAACUGAGAAGGAUUUAUUUUUUAAAUCCCAAUUUUCUUCCACCCACACUUUGCUGCUACAUAUAAGGAACAGGAAAAAACGUCCUGUACUGGUGCACUGGAAUCUGUUUAUGUGGCAGAUUAUGUGUGCACACAAACUGAUGACACACACAGACACGAGUUCAGUGGAUGUUUCGCUUAUCCAUCUUGUCUGAUGGGUCUUGGCGUCCCUCACUGUGUCUCUUUAAUGAAACAGAUUCAGCAAUGCACUGACACAAAACAUAUGCUCAUACAUACAUACACACUCUAACAGGCAACAGUGAUUCAAUUAUGUUUUGUUCUGAUUACAGAAAAUUGCAUCUGCAUAACUUUCAGUUAAUGAACUUAGGCCUUUUUUGUAUACGUUCAAAAUGACAUGCAGAAUUAAAACCUACGGCUUGAUAAAUCCCAAUUUGUUUUUUAGUAACAUGUCAAAGCACAGUUGUUCUAAAAUCUUACUCCUUCUGUUGAAAGACAUAUUUUUCAUUUAGGCAAUUAAUGAACUUUUUUUUUUUCAUAAACCCAGAUAUAUAUGUAUUCUAAUUAAACAACAGCUGCUGAAAAUAGUUAUUACUGUCAAAACAUCCUCUAUGAAUUUUCCUCCAAAAGGAGACCGCACCGCUGGUGGUUGAUGUAGCCAACAUCAGUUUGAAGCUGCUUUCCUUUUCCAAAAAGCAAUGACUUGGGUUUUGUUAUUAUAUUGUGGGAAGGGCGGGGUUAUUGAAGUGAAUGCAAAUGUGUGGAUGGGGGUGAUCUGUGGAAGCGUUCCUGGAAUUAUUUUGUUGCCAUUCUUAGAAACUCAGGUAAAGGUUGAAGGAUAAUUUUGGCCAUAUUUUAGUCAGUACUUGACCCUGUGAAUAAGGUAGCUUUCUGAAUUGACCAAAUGCCUUGUUUGAGAGAUUUUUUUUAAUGGUACUAUCAUGUAUAACCCCCUUUUUGUGAAAAAACUAAUUUCAAUGAUUAGUUUUUGCAUUUAUUUCCCUUUACUUGUUAUAUAUGAACGCUGCUUUUUUCGUAAAAAAUGUACGUAAAGUAAACAACAUCUUCCAAAUCUGGUCAAAGCUGCAUGUCUUGCAACUCUGAGAGGAUGUGCACUGAGUUUUACACCUUAAGUACUUAGUAGUAUUUCAAGAAUAAUUGUAUAAUGGUUAAACUGGAGAGGAGAGAGUGGUAGAAAAAGUGGUUUGUAGGGAAAUGAACCUUCACAUAAUGGGUUGUAUUCUUUGACCUCUUGUUCGUGUCCACUGGGCCCCUUGCUGUACAUUAUGUAUUUAUCUGUGCUCAUUAGCCAAACUGACCUUGCUCACAGAGCUCUGUGGUGUUUUUUUUUAAAAAUGCGAUAACAAUUCUCAGACAGCCUUUAUCUCGUUUGUUUUCUCUGGACCGAAUUAUUUAUUGAGAAGUUUUCGUAGUACUGUAGCUUUAGGCACUUGCCUCUUCCUGUACUUGUACAUUUACUAAAAGAUGCAUGAUGUUGGUGCUGCUCAUUUGUUGAUUGGUCACCUCAAAACAUUAAUUUGCUAUUGUCAAUCUUGAUGUGCACCCGAGUGGAUUUGCUAUCAAAAUCUUUGAAGAAUUGGCCAUUUGUUUGGAUUUUGAAAACAUGACAAUUGUGUGCUUCACAAAAAAAUAUGAUAUGGUCUUUGAUCAGCCCCACCCAAAGUUACCCUGACUUCUGAGACUUGUAUUCUGCAGAUAUCAGCACCACUUCAUUACUUGAUGAUGUGUAAAUAGGUGUGUCAUACUUUUUUUUUGUAUAUUGCAGAGGAGAUUUAGUGGAGGUUAACUGACGUCUUCCUCCUCAACUGGCCUCAGAGUAAUCUCUGCAAGUUAGGAUUUACAUGCACUUUGGAUAAUGAACACUGCUGUGAAUACUCUGUGAACUGUUUUCCAGAUAUGAAUUAAGCCUUUUAGACUUAGUUUACAAAGAUGGGGUUUAAGCGGUCAAAACAACUCUUAAAGCACUGUAAUUGUGCGUAAAAGAUCACGUCUUUUUAGCUCUAAAGUAGGUUUAGAAACCAAAUAUAUAAAUGUUUGUGCUCAUACAGUAUGUAAGAUGACAGUCAAGAAGUAGAAGGGCAGUCCUCAUUAUGUCCCUGCCUUUAACGUCCCUUUUUAGAGUAAACCUGAGAAUGAAAAUUGUUCUCUUUGACAGAGCAGCAUGCACACCUUUGUAGAAGCUCAGGAGAACCCCAGCCCUCCUUAUUUCCCCGGCUGUAAUUUGGACAUUUUUCGUAAUAAUACUGACCACAAACAGGCCAUAUUACUCCAUGAAGGAUAUAAUCAUAGACAAAGGAUGACAACAUCUAACCAUUAUCUAUUUCUAUUGCAAAAGUAGACUGUGGAAAAAUCCUAGCUGAUUAAAUGUCCUUUAAGAAAAGGAUAUUAUCACCUAAAAUGUACCAUUGAGCAUGUGGUAUUGUUUGAUCAAUACCUCUCAACAACUUUAAAUUGGUACACCAGCUGGUGACAAUGUUUUGUAGCCCAAAAAAAGUCCAUUGAAGUUUCUUGUAUCCCCUAUUAGCAUCUAGUUCAAAUGACAGAGCUUUAAAGCCACUAAAAGUGUAAUUCAACAUUUCUGUGAACCCAAUUGGUUGUAUGACCAUUUGCUAAGCCCCACCCCCUAAUUACUGUUGCUACGCCUGUCAAGCAUUCAUUUACAGAAAAUAUGCAGGUUACAAUAAUACCUGUGUCUGAUUUACCAGUCAAAAUAAACUUAAUUUGAAAACAAUGGGUCCUCCAUUAUGCAGAAAAACCCAAUCAUAUGCUUUAAUGCUUUUUUAACGACUAUGCUUAACCCCACCAAAGAAAAUACUUUUGAAAAUAAUUACGAGUUUGCUAAAACAAAUUAUGUCUAUAAUAACAAUUAUUAUUUUUAAAAGAACCCCUUGAAACUCUUUCAUACAUUUUUUUGCACAUAUUAGAGUCCUGUUAACAAUGUUUUAGCAUGUAGAGAAAUCAAAAGCUGGACAGGUUCACUGUGCAUAGAGACAGUUGCUAAACUAGGAUUGGACAAUAGCUGCUCACAGGCGCGGAUUAGCAAAUGGUCAGUUGGCUAAAAGCAAAACAAAGACAUUUUUUAUAGAAAUCAACAUGACUAAGCAGUCUGGUGUUAGAUCUGGGACCUGAGGACAGAUAGAGGGAAGCUGCCGUUGAACUGAUUGUGUGAUUACCACCUGUAGCAUUUCCAGCCCAGCCCUCCCUUCUUAUGACCUCGAGGAAAUGAACUCAAAGUGGUCAACUCAACUUCAGCCUUGUGCCUCAGCCAACGGGCCUUACUGCCUUAAAGAAACAGAAUGUGUAUGUAGGACAUUGAUAAUCAUUAAUUGAAUAUCCUGAAUCUGUAAUAGACUUAUUCUGAAGAUUGUAGAUUGUCCUACAGAUUGUGGACCUCUGUUCUAAGUCAGAUAACGUCGCAGCUCACUAUCAGUACGGCUGAAGAGACUUUCAACUUUGCCUCGAGCUGCAAAGGGGGAUGGAAUCGCAUUUUGACACAAUCACACAAGAGGGCAAUCGCUAUCACACAUCGACACGCAGCUGCUCGAGUCAUUGUCCCCAGGCGUGUGUUGUCAUAUCGAGCUCACAUAUGGUAAUACAAUAUAUGGCCGUGUCUGUUAAAUAUCUACUCAUGGGACAUAAAUGCAGGGUCAAAGGUCAUUUGUGCCUUUUAUUGCACAGAUAACUCCCUCUUAAAUGAGUGUAAAUGUGUGUACAGUUUUGUUUUUAUGAUAAUGUGCAUGUGACCAAGCCAUGUAAAAUAAUAACUGUAAAUAAUGUAAGUAAAUAUUUAAUGAAGGAUCCAACAUUCCCUCAAGAAAAUAAACAAGUUAAAAACAA